CUGACAUUGUAAAAUGUGUCGCCUUAGCUGUGUUGCCGCGAACGAGCCUCCCGCGCGAGCGCCCUCUCCCCGCCUCCUCCAAAUCACGUCAUCGUGUUUACGCGGAUGUCGUCGCCGGUCCGAAAAGCGGCUCCCAAGGAGAAGCUCCCUGUUGCCAGUGUGGAUGAGGAGGAUUUCACACUGGUAUCAAAAAAGAAGAAGGCGCGCACGGCGCCUCGUAAGACUCAGUGUGGUACCGCCGAACCGGCUAAUUCUGGCUUGCGGAUUGCUACACCGAGUAAGGCGCUGUACGUAUCGCGCUUGCAUUACACCGCCACGGCUCCUGAAGUGGUGGAGUAUGUACACCAGAAGACCGGUUACACGCUGAGGGUGUUCCAGCUUCGAUCGCGCCACUACGUGCACUUCAACUCUUUUGUGGUGCGCGUGCCGCGACCGCUGCAGGGGACCAUCGAGUGCGCCGACUUCUGGCCGAAGGGUGUCGUGUUUCGGAGGUUCCGGGGCAAACUGCCGAAUCCGACACAGGAGCAGCCGAUGCAACGGAGCCACGCCGUUUUAUCGACUAAAUAACUAGUGUUUAGUUUUAAGUCUAUAAAAUACAUAUGUAUGUU